CCCAGUUACGUGCCCUCUUCAAACACACACACACUCUCUCUCUCUCUCUCUCUCUCUCUCCAGCUUACUUCGACGAAGAUCCGUCAGUCCGGCCGUUUCUCGCCGGAAAAUCCAUUGAAUCUCCGCGUCCGUUACCUUAUCCUAUCACAGUUACAGCCAUGAAUCCAGAGUACGACUAUCUGUUCAAGCUUUUGCUGAUUGGAGAUUCUGGCGUUGGCAAAUCUUGUCUUCUUCUGAGAUUUGCUGAUGAUUCAUAUUUGGAGAGUUAUAUAAGCACCAUUGGAGUUGAUUUUAAAAUUCGCACUGUGGAGCAAGAAGGGAAGACUGUUAAACUUCAGAUUUGGGACACCGCCGGCCAAGAACGUUUUAGGACAAUAACUAGCAGCUACUACCGUGGGGCCCAUGGUAUUAUAGUGGUUUAUGAUGUGACAGAUGAAGAAAGCUUCAAUAAUGUGAAGACAUGGCUAAAUGAAAUUGAUCGCUAUGCGAGUGACAAUGUUAAUAAACUUCUUGUUGGGAACAAGUGUGAUCUCACUGCAAAUAAAGUUGUUUCAUAUGAAACUGCAAAGGCAUUUGCUGAUGAAAUUGGCAUACCAUUUCUGGAAACAAGUGCAAAAGAUGCUACUAAUGUGGAGCAGGCUUUCAUGGCCAUGACUGCUUCAAUAAAAAAUAGGAUGGCUAGCCAACCAGCAAUGAACAAUCCCAAGCCUCCAACAGUGAAUAUCCGUGGGCAGCCUGUUGCACAGAAUAGUGGAUGCUGCUCAUCGUAGGCAAAAUGAAGUAUCUGUGAUUUCUGAACUGUCUGGUCUUCUGUUUCCUCCAUGGGAUGUGAAAAUAUAGUCUUAAAUGCUCUUCGAUUUGAAGAGAAAAUCCUAUUCCUCCUGAACCAACUUAUUUAAAAUUUGCUUCUAUUGGUGGUUAAAUCUGUAACCAUGAGGAUCCCAUUCUUUUGGAUAUAUUUAAUUGCAAAAAGAACAAAGAAAUCUGUACAAAUUAAGUUUACUUAUAAAUGUCAUUGUUUGUUACAUUC